AUGCUUUUGAUCUUUCGACCCAGUGCCGAGAUCUAUGAGAAAAAUCACAGAGACGGCAGGUGGGUUCUGACGGCCGCCACGAGGAGAAUGGCCGAGGACUGGGAUCCCUUCGCAGACCCUGCGGAUGAGGACCACCAGGAGCCCGCACAAGCUGCGGAGUGCAAGGCCUUGGUCACACCUGUCCUCACAACGAGGCACCCGAGCAAUUCUGCUGCAGUUCCGAUGGGGUGGAGUUCAGAGCAUGGCAGGGAUGAAAUGCGAGAUCAAGAGACCAUUUUGCGGCUAAAGGCGGCCCUGGACGACACCUCGACCAGGUCUCCUGACAGCUCAACACCUUGUGCCCACGAGCAGCCGGAGGUCGGCGGAGAUGAUGCGAGCAGGGAGCCGAAUCUUCACUCCAGAGCGGCAGUGAAGACUGCGCCCAGCCAAGCCAUCCAAGGUGAGAGCCCAAGCCCUCCGCCGGCUGCCGCUGAGAUGCCAGGGGAGCCAGCCGGCGAUUUGCAAGCACGGCCAAUCUGGCGCAGCAAGGGCCGCCGCAAAGGAGGCGGCAAAGGACAUGCUGCCUGGCUAUUGGGCUUGGGCUCGGCCAUUCAGGAGCCUGCCAAAGAGCUGGCUGAAGGUGCCAAGGUGCCGGAGCCGGAGAUGACGGCCACGGUCCUGGAGCCUCUGAGCAAAGCGCGAGAAGUUGAAAGUGCAGAAGCCGAGAGCACACGAGAAGCCGAGAGCCCUCGGGACACCGACAGCCCAGUCGCGAAGACCGUCGAUCAGGAGGCAUCAUACAUCGAAGGGAGCACGUCGACAGGAGAUGGUGCUGAGGCCCACAUCAGCAAAGGCGGCGUAGAGGAAACCCGGAUCAUCUGUGAGACCGACCCGAAUGAGGUGAUAGCAUGGAGGGAACUCUUCUUCAAGCUUGGAGAGGUUGAUGAGAAGCCAUCGUCCUCUUCAGCCCAGCAGGCUCCGUCGGAACACGGCACGUGGGGUGAGAAGGGUUCUCUGGCUCGCCUGUUGCGGCGCGAGGGCCUGGAGAUGCCGGAGCCGUCGAUCGCCAGCACGAGCAGCUUUGAUAUGCAUCCUGCUGAGCCUGCCAAGCCUGCUGAACCUGCGCUGGGUCAGACCUUCUUCUGCAGGUCUGACCGAUUUGGCGGGCCCCGAAGCCGCCGUGGUGCUGGCUGA